UUUCGUUUGUUCGGCUGGCCGCCUCGUUCGCCCGCGGAAGCAAUUGGUGCGCCACAGGCUGCAAAGGCAAAGCUGCAAACCUGCCGCGGCGGCUGGCGUUACGCGUCGUUUCGUUCGCCCGCACCGAUCAACGGCGUGUCGAGAGCUUCUCUACGAGCCGCGGUAUCAAGCGGCGCGCUCGAACGCUGCGUGCUGCCAAACCAAAAGCUGGGGCUCAGCUCUGGCAGCGAGUUUUUGGCACCAGCUUGCGCGCGCGAGAACGCGUAAAGGGGAGCAGGCUAGCCAUAUAGCUGCCGCGACGCGGCUGUAACGGCAGAAGUUGAACCGCGGAGGCACCUCGCAGCGUUUGCAGUGAUUGCAGAGAGAGCAUCAUGCUGCUCCUGAGGCACGCCGCGCGCGGUGCGAUACGACGGCCGCGCAUCGCUGCGCGGGGCGAGCUGCGGCGACCGCGCGCCGCCGCGCAUCGCUGCCUCGCAACGACGCCCGGCGACGACGACGCAACCACGACACCAACACAAACGCCGACGGAGGGCUGGACCGCGAACCCGCCCGAGGCCUGGAUGGAGGUCAUGAACCGGCCCCAGCACUUGAGUGACGCCGUCGACGCCAUCACGCCCCUCGGCUACUACCCGUCUGAUCUUGCUUUGAGGUAUGUCGACUUUCUGUCGAGCACGUUCGACCUCCCGUUCUGCGCCGGCAUUAUUGGAGGCACGUUUUUGCUGCGAGCGGCCAUGUUUCCUCUCUCAAUAAUAACGAUGAAACAUACCGCGAGAAUGCAAAAGGCAAAACCCGAACUUGAGGUCUUGCAAGAGCGGAUCAACAGCGAUCCGAGCGUGAAGACCGAUAGGCGGAAGAUGGACGCGUAUCAGAGACAGAUGGGCGCCUUACUUGCGAAACAUAACGUCAAACCUUAUCUCAUAUUCAUGUUCCCGCUUGCGCAGCUGCCCGUUUUCAUGUCCAUGUUCUUCGGGCUGCGACGGGCGGCGGAGUCGUUCCCGGCGGAAUGCGCAUCCGGAGGCAUGCUCUGGUUCCCGGACCUGAGCGUGGCGGACCCGACGUACGCCUUACCUUUGAUAACUUCGGGACUGUUCUUAGUGAUGAUCGAGGUCGGCGCCGACGGCAUGAACGCGUCGGCGAACAAGGACCAGGCCAAGACCAUGAAGAACGUGAUGCGCGGCAUGGGUGUCUUGAUGGUCCCCUUUACGUACCACUUUCCGGCGUCGGUCUUUUGUUAUUGGGUCUCCGCGAAUGCGUUCUCCCUGGGCCAGACCGUCUUGCUGAACAAGGUGCCGGGCGUGCGCGAGGCCUUAGGUGUCCCCAUCGUGCAGACGCAGUCGAAGGUCCGUAAGCCGACGGCGCCGCCCGUCGAGACGGUCUUCGGUCGCCUGGAAAAGGCCAUCGACACGGCGAAGAAGCAAGCGGCCAAGGACGACGCGCCUCUGGUGGCCGCCGACGUCUUCGAGAAGAAAGCCGAGGACGACGCCUUCCUCAAGUCGCGGCCGGCCCAGCAGGUGGUGACGCACGCGCAGCCGCCCAAACAGACCGCGACGCCGCCCAAGCAGCGGCGGAAGAAGAAAGGGAAGAAAGGAAAACGGUAGCACGGGUCUGGGAGCACGCGGCGGCGGCGUGCUUCCUCUCUCCGACGGCGUCGCCACGGUCGCGCCCAACGUAGUAGUAUAUUUAACGAUAGCAUGUCUUA